UAGGGCACAGUCUGAUAGCGUUCCUGUUAUGCUGGUAUUCGGGCGGGGGUGAAUGUUUGUUUAACUACAUACCAUACAAUACCGUACUCGUGGACUGCCGGUAUCACGAUUGGGGUGUUUAGGUUGCACGAACAGGUUCAGCAUGGCACCUACGGUAUUGCACCCAGCGUUCCGCGGGCACCCGAUUCGGGUACCGUAGAUGAAUUUGAGGGAUUGCAUCACACGGCCCAAACCUCAAGGUGGGGAAAAAUCUGAGACAAGGGGACCAACAAUUCCAGUACAGAACAGAACUCUACCGGUCCCGUAUCCCAAACCACAACAACCGGGCAACGCGAUGAUAGACGCGGGGCUGAUAAAAUAAAAUUCAAUCGAACCCAACUUACUCGAUUUGGCUGCAAUUCUAUUGCCAAGGCACCUUGUCGUCGUCGAAUUGAAGAUCGAACGAGUUGCAGUGGAGCAACGGAGGCUCUGUGCAAGGUUCGACUGGACCAGGAGGAGCUCAGUCCAGGGACCCGGGACCUUAAAGUUGAGUGGCAGACUGGGGUAGAGAGUGAAGUUGCAGGGAUAACAGCUAAAAGCUAUCUGCGCGGAGCAAAAAAGGCUUUGCGCAGGAGCGGUGGGGAAGAAGAAAAAAAUAAAAUAAAAAUACUCGUGCACUCUCUUCCACACACCCAUUGUGUCACCUCUCCACACUCGGUCACUCAGAAUCCAACCCGUUUUCCUGUAUUUUUUUGGCUGGGCAUCGGAGGAGGCCGCCUCUCUCGCGACGCCCGGUGGGGACAAGGUAUGGCGGCUGCUACCUGCAAGUGGGGAGUGGGAGGGAAAGGAUGAAUGAAGGAGGGAAGGGAAAAAAAAGGAGGAAGAGGGCUAAAACCGAUUCAAAGAAUCCUGGGAGAGAGAGGCCUUGGGAGCGAGCUGUGGCCGGAUAUGUUUUCCGUAUUCUGUUGGCUCGCGUCUUCCAUCAAUGGGUCGGCGACAAGACGUCUUCUGGUUGGGUGUGCUGUGCGACCUUUCCAUGGAGUGGUGAAGCAGAGAGAGAUUGAUAUAUUUUUGAUUGAGCCAAAGAUCUAUUGGGGUGCUUAUUUCCUGCUGGUGCCGGUACUCGCGUACCGGUAUUGGGAAGCGCGGUAUCAAUAUAAUGUUGGUGGGCGUGAGGAUGCCAUAUCUUCUGCGGAGCUAGAGUGUGCUUUUCUACCUUACGCCGAGGUAGCAAUAACUGCGGCGGUGAUGAUGGUGACGAUGGUGACGAUGAUGAUGGUGAUAGAGUGUACCGGUACUCGAGCAACUGUUAUACGUACCACGGGCAUCAUAGUUUUAUGGUUGCUGGCCUCUGGAUCACGGCGGUGGAUGGCAGUACCAUUCUUUUGAUCUUCGACUCCUUGGUCAUUCUGUGGCUCCAAUGCACAUGAUCCUUCCAAGAAUUUGGUCUGAUUCAGGUGCCGGUCCUUGCUUGUAUUGAGGCAUCUUUACCUGCCUUGCAUGCCCCUCCCCCCGGGUGACUGUAGUUGCAACUCGUGCCGUACAAAAACUGUCCUAGUUCCUGUAUGCUUUUUACCCGCUCCCACACCGCUGUUCCCCAGACUAUGUACGAACAGAGCAUGUUCCGUACCAGUACCGUACCAGUACUUUAGCAGCACACUGAAGGCACUGAGCACCGCUUUCCUUCCAGGAUAUCUACGGAGAAGGUCAAGUUAGAGUCAACUCAAAACAUAAUUCAAAGGACCUUUGACGGGAGUCAGAUCUAGAGAGAGGUUUUUCUUUAAAAAAAGAGUCCCCAUUGCUUUUUUUUUCCCCUUCUGUUUUCUGUUCCCAUUCCUCUCCCUUUUCUCAUCACCGUAUCUCCUCCUGCUUUACUUUUUUAACUCUACGGCGGUCCUGCGUUUUCUUGCUGCGUACCGUACCACUACCGCAAAAGAGGGAGGAGGAUUGAGAGGAGGAAAAAAAAAAAAGAGGAGAAAGGAAAAAGAGGCCAGGAAGAGGAAAAGAAAGGAAAAGGGAAAAAAAAAAAGAGAAAAGAGAAAAAAGAAAAAGAAAACGCCCAACCCACGUUGCCCUUACAAAGGCUGAGCGACACUCACUACGAAAAAGAGAAAAGCCUUUCCCCACUUUUUUCACUCCUGAUUUCUUCAUCAAUUGUUCGUAUCCUCCUCCCGUGUUCUCCCCGUUCCAUGGAUUUAUGAUCACAUCAUUCCUGAAAGAUUUUCAGAGGAAAAAAAAAAUCUCUUCAGCACCUCUCGUCAUCAUCAUUUAUACAUCUUCCCGCUACCCCCCCUCGUCAAUCCAUCUCAUGGCCGCCGCCGUAAAAGCAUCCCCUCCCCAUUCCUCUGCAUCAUCCGCGUCUUCAGCGUCUUCGCCAGAACCGACGACGAUGGCUCAGCAGGCUCAGUUUCCCACUCCCAGGCGGAAGGGUGGUAGAAAGCCGGUCUACGCAACCCAAGAAGAAAGGAAGAUGAGAAACAGAGCUGCUCAGGCUGGUAUGUCGAUAUUUUAUAGAUCCUUUCCCCCCCCUUGACACGCCAACUAUCCACUCCACACCAUGGCGUUACUAGAAUUCCUAUGUGUCAUGGAAAAUAUAACCUAUCUUUUCGCAAUCUUUUGACACAUCGAAUUAGCUUUCCGCGAGAGACGAACCGAAUAUAUUAAGCAUUUGGAGGCAACCAUCAAACACCAAGAAGAAAGCUUGUCUAGUCUGCAGCAAUCAUCAAGGAAUGCCGCGGAUGAGGUGCUCAUGCUUCGUUACAAGAAUUCGCUUUUGGAGAGGAUACUGUUGGAGAAGGGGAUAAAUGUUGCUGCCGAGUUGAAAGCCUUUGCCCAGUAUGACGACAGGCCACAACCCGCCGCACCCCAGCCGAUCCCUCGACCCAUGCCCUCCCAGGGCCAACAGCAACAAGCGACCCUUCAACAACAGCAGCAUAUGCAUAGGCCAAUGAUGGCACAGUCCCAACAACAGCAGAAACGACCAUCCAUCAACCCUUCGCCCGAGUCGCUCUUUAUCAAGACUAGUCCUAUAGUACCACCGAGCUCGCGAAACAAUUCGCCGUCAAUUGCCAUUCCUACGCCCCCUGAUGCAUCUGCGUACCAGAUCCCACAGAGUGUGGUGACGACACCUACUGCUCCUUCAGAAUUUCAACCUGCAGGGAUUCCGAUGCAGAAUUUCUAUCCCUCGCCUUACCAGGCACAUAUGGAAGAGCUCGGCAAGCUACCCCGCGUACUUCCCAUAUAUCUUUUGUUAUGAAAGAGCCCGGCCAUCCUAGAUUGACUCUGUUUGAAUUUAGAGCAGGAAUAUGACGCCGAACUACUCGAGAGUACAGAAGACGACACUCAAAGCGGACUCGAAAAUCAAUCUGCAACAGCAGACGGGGUUGGCGGUGAAAUGAUGGGGGGGAUGCUGCGGGGGUCUCCAUUACAGCAGCAUGGGAUUUACAAUAAUAAUAAUGUUAGAUUGAUCGAUCCCUCAUUCGAAUCGAUGUUUAAUAUGGAGACGACUCCUCCGAUUAGCGUGGGUGGUCUAACGGAUGCUUUCAUGAAACAGUUUAACUCCCCCUUCGGUUUUGCUACAAGUAAUUUAAGAUGA